CUGAUUUAUUAUUUUUUCCAAAAUUCCCCGGUGAGCCCAAACCUCCCGGCAAAAAAAUCCUUACCCGCCCCUCUCAUUGCUCUUCCGGUCUCCGCCGCCGCUUGUACAGUUCACUUCUUACCCUCCUUCGGAAGCAGAAGAUAACUCCUAGGGUUUGCGCGGCGAAGGGACAAGGAGAGCCGGGUUUCGGAGGAAGAUGGUGAGUCAGAGGCAGAGAGAGGCGCGGAAGCGAUUCCGUGAAGCGAACCCCCAUCUCUUCCCCAAGCCGGAGCCUCCUAAAGAUCCAACACUGAAGAAGCAAAAGAAAAACGAGAAGUUGAAGAAGAGAAAAGCCUCAAUAAGGGCGAAAAUUGAAAAAAGGGCUGGCGCCGGUCGUCUGAAGAAGCAUCCGCUCAGAAUUCCUGGAACGAGACCCGGGGAUGGAUGUUUCAUAUGCAAAUCUAGGGAUCACAUUGCCAAGCUCUGCCCUGAAAAAGCCAAUUGGGAGAAGAACAAGGUUUGUUUGUUUUGUCGACAUCGAGGGCAUAGCCUCAAGAAUUGCCCAGAAAAGGAAGAAACUAUCGAGCCAAACUUCUGUUACAAUUGCGGAGAAGUUGGCCAUUCACUCUCAAAGUGUUCUCAGCCUCUUCAGGAUGGAGGUACAAAGUUUGCAAAUUGCUUUGUCUGUAAUGAGCGUGGACACCUGAGCAAAUAUUGUCCUAAGAAUACUCAUGGAAUCUAUCCGAAGGGUGGUUCAUGUAAAAUUUGUGGUGAAGUGACUCACCUGGCCAAGCAUUGUCCAAAGAAAGCUGGCAAACACCUUAGUUCAUCCGGAGCAGACAAGAUAUCUGGUAACUUUGACGCCGUUCGGCAUGGCGAGCGCAAAGUCUUCCAUGGCGGGGAUGAUCUCGAAGAUGAUUUUGCGUUGGAAGACAUAAACAGCGGGCUAAAGGAUGCAAAGAGUGUAGGUUUUGAUGUAAAACCAAAGAAAAAAGGACCCAAAAUUGUAAAUUUUCCUAGCUGAUUUCAAAUAAAAUUGAAUGUGAUCCUUGCAAUUUAUAAAUAAUGUCAUAUGUUAAGUUGGACUCAUUAUGGUAUUUAUGCUAUCUGAUGGAGUAUGUGAGUUUGUUGGAUAAGUUGAAAAGGCUUUUGCCAAAAUGUCCCUGGUC